AUGUUUGAAGAAUUCAAGAAAGCUAUGCUCAAGGAGUUCAAAAUGACCGAUAUUGGGCUAAUGUCAUACUAUCUUGGCAUAGAGGUAAAACAGAAGGAAGAUGAAAUCUUCAUUUCCCAACAAAAAUACGCAAAGGAGAUGCUCAAGAAGUUCAAGAUGGAUGGUUGCAUGCCAAUUAACACACCAAU